CCCAUUUCAGAUCCUCCUGUUUCAUACUAGUCAUUACAUUUCAUUAGGAAAUAAAUAUUGCCCGGGGACCAUAAUAGAGAAUGACCAGGACCUACGUGCGUCACUGCUAGUGCGCAUCCCCGCCUUCAACUACGUAUUUGUCGCCCUCCCUGCUUAAUAACGUCGGACGGGUACUUCCUAGCUCCUAGUCAAACUCAGCCACUCUAUUUACCACUGUCUCCUGUGUUUUGAAGACUCGGGGAUUGUACAGCUAUGCGCCGCACAAUAUAAUCUGCCACUGUUUAGUGCAGCUUUGCACGCGCUUGUGUUUACAGCAUCUCACGAGCAGCGCGUGGGGAUCGAUUCAGUGCUAGAGCCCUUUCGCUUUCAAACAUGGCAAGCGACGCGCUCCACAGAUUCGUUUGCCUUUGUCGAUACCUACAGGACCCCUGCCAUGUCGCCAGAUUUCAGCAGCUCUGCGGCGUCCGCGGGACGUUUCCUAAAAAACCAGCCGAAGCUGGAGAGCGUGACGAGGAGCUUGGGGUCAACGGUGCUUGCGUGGGGCAAUGCCAGGGAGACCGCGCGGCUAGUGGGGAUUCAGCACACGGACUUCCGGGCCGAAGGCUGAGAAAAAGUUUAAAUGCUGCUGGAAAUGUUGAACAGGACGAGUGUUCCGCUGCUUUUCUCAACGGACCGUCGGGGCGAGACACAGAGAGGGACUCCAAAGGGACAGUGAAGCCUUUACGCAGGAACUCGUUGACUGGUGAUGUUGGCCAGGAGUUCAUCAUCGAGAACAAGUUUCUUUUCUCUCUCUUCACAGUCGGUACCGAGCUGGGCAAUGAGAUGUUCUUCAUCGUGUUCUUCCCCUUCUUGAUGUGGAACGUAGACCCUUAUGUGAGCCGGCAGCUGAUCGUGGUGUGGGCCUGGGUGCUGUUCCUCGGCCAGUCCACGAAAGAUCUGGUCCGGUGGACCCGUCCUGCCUCUCCUCCUGUGGUCAAAGUGGAGGUGUUCUACAACACGGAGUACAGCAUGCCCUCCACACACGCCAUGUCCGGCACCGCGCUGCCCUUCUGUCUGUUCCUGCUCACAUGCAGCCGGUGGCAGUACCCAUUCAUGUUUGGAUUGAGCAUCGCUCUGUUCUGGAGUGUCCUCGUGUGCAUCAGCAGGAUUUACAUGGGCAUGCACUCUGUCCUGGAGGUGAUCACAGGCUUCCUCUACAGUGUGCUCAUCCUGGUGGUCCUUCAGCCCAUGCUGCAUGACAUCGACACGUUCUACCUGUCCCACGGCUAUGCCCCUCUGGUCAUCCUGCUUCUGCAUGUUGGUUUCAGCUUGGUGGCCUUCUCGCUGGACUCAUGGAGCACCUCCCGUGGCGACACGGCCCAAGCGUUAGCCACAGCUGCUGGAGCCGCGUUGGCAUCCCGCCUGAACCACCAACUGGGUCUGCAGCCAGAUCCCCCCGAAGAAGCUCUCCCACUCACUCUGCCCCUGAUCGACGGGGCCUUAUUGACCCGUUCCAUCAUGCGGCUCCUGGUAGGAGUGGCCGUGCUUCUAGCCGUCAGGGCUGCCAUGAAGGUGGUGGCGAUCCCACUGGCGUGCAAGAUCUUCGGCGUUCCUUCGGAUGACGUGCGGAAGGCUAGACAACACGCGCACGUGGAACUCUCGUACCGGUUUAUGGUCUACGGCACAGUGGCUUACUGCUGCGUUUUCCUGGUGCCACUUCUCUUUGGCUUUCUUGGCCUAUCCUGAAGAAAAUCCCUCCGUUCAGUCUUGUUAUUAUCCGGUUUUUAUCCCAGCUUAACCUAUACAUGACCUGGACUAGUAAAGGUCCACAGUUGUAGUCAAAACAAACUUGGAGAAGUCUUUUGGUUGCAAACACAUGUUCAUGAUUUUGAUCAUUUCACCAGCUCUAUUUCCAUGCUAAUUUAUUUCACUUGUUUUGUUUACAGAGUUUAUCAAACGGAUACAUUUGAACAGGGUUUUUGGCACAUUUGCUGCCAACGGUGGGUAAUCGGACAGCUUGAAAGUGAGUGUGUGUGAUGUCAUGAUCUUCAGGACCUGUUCAAAGCUCAUGACUCUUGAACAGUGAUGUUUAUAGCCACACCCAAAAAGGUUUCAAAUGUUUCCUGCAUUUGUCUUCAGUGGUUUUCCCUCAGCAGACUGACAUCCACCCAUCCUGGACUCUUGUGUUUUCUCUCACUCAACAAUACGCAGGAUUGUUUCUCGCUGUACAGGCUUUUUGCCCUUCCCAUCUGUUUUCAUCCUUCUGAAGCAAACUGACCUGAGUGAACACCCUUGUCAGACAUUUGUAUCCUUGUCAUUGUUUUCUCUCAAGGGCUCGUUCUCAUAACAUUUUGUAAUUCUCUGUUCUUUCUAGGGCUUGUUUCUUCACUUGUGGGUCCAUUCCAGAUCAGUGCUGUGGCCCUAAUGGUUCAUUCAGUGGUUCAGGAAAGACACUCCAAUAUCUGAGAGGUGUAGACAGUUGUUCUUAUCUAAAAACAGGUUGAGCUCACGCCUCACAAUAAGCGGUAAUGCAUUGAGAGCAUGAGGGGAGGGAACUUCCUGUCAGUAUGAAUGCUGUAUACAGGAACUUCCAGUAGAUGUGUUGCUCUGAAACCCAAGCUAGGAAAAGACCAAUCUGAAUAUGAAUGCAGCAUAUCUUUAACAUUGUCUUUGUCAAUGUAUUAUUUAUAAAUGUCAGAUAUGCGUUUAAAAAUUACUACAGGGAGUAAGAUUUAUGCAGUGAGCAAAUAGCUCAGUACUCGGAGCAAAUCAGUUUUAAUUAAAAUAAUUACUAGUGGAUUUUUGUAAUAUUUCUGUUAGUGUUUCUGAUUUCCUUUCUAGUUCUUCUUAAAGGGAUAGUUCACCCAAAAAUCUAAAUUCAUAAUUUACUCACCUUCAUGUUUCAAACCUGUUUGUCAAAAAAAAGAAACCCAUUGACUUUGUUGAAACUUUUUUAUAAUCUUCUUUUGUGUAUCACAGAAUAAAUUCACAGGUUUGGAAUGACAUGAAGGUGAGUAAAUGAUGACAGAUUUUUUUAUUUUUGAGUGCACGGUCUCUUUUAGUAACAGGAGGCUAAAUUGAGAUGUUAAAAUUCAGAGCCGUGGAGUGCAGACUGUGCUGCAGGUGUUCUGCAUGUCUCUCCAUUCGACUACGUUAAGACAUCCAUGUUAUCCCGUACUGUCAGCAGUUUGGAGGAGAUGCACUGAAAUCCUCUUUCUCCAGGAACGCACUCAGUGUGGCUUCAUUUCAUAGAAUGACUGAGCAUCCUUGCUUUGUCCACUUUUCUGAAUUCACUGCAGUUUUAUCUAUUUAAAUAUCAUUAUGGGCAUGACAACAUGGCCAAAGUAAAUCCAACAUGUGUUUUCUGAUUGUAAGAAAUUAUCAGUAUUAACUUAGGUAGUUGAUAUGUUGUCUGUCAUUGAACUAGUAUUCUGUUCUUGCAGUGUAUUUUGUUAGUGUGUUCAGUUUCACAAGGAAAUGUUGUAAAGCCAGUAACAGAAGACAGAUCUCUGAUAUACAUUCAUUCCUCACUGCUCAGAAACCCCAGUGUCUUGCAUCCUUAUUUCUUCAGCGCAACUUUAUCCUCCAACUAGGCACAAGACACCACAGCUGUCUUUCUGUAAACAGUUUUGAUGGUGCAAAUGAUAUAGAAAAUAUUGUCACACAUCCACAACGUUUAUUUGCAAAAACUCAUUGUUGGUUAUGUAAUUGACUUCUUUACAGUUGUGCAUAUAUUCAAUAGUGAUCAGUUGUGCAAAUAGUAAAUGUACCAUAACUGAAUGAUGAGUUGUUUUAUUUUACAGUGCACUGAGCUAAAGUGGAUAUCAUAUCACAGAUGGCUGGAUGGUGUUUUAGGGUUUCCUGCAAGGAAAUGCAUUAUGAAUGAAGCUUGUACACCUUACCAGUGCUGAGCUUUGAGCCAUUCACGGUCAUCUAAACGCACACGUACUGUAUCUGUAAUCUAUGGCUCCUCGUCUGCAAUUUUUCUGUUCUCAUAAUUAACGUGAAUAAAAAAAAAAAACAGUA